AUGGCCACGCUAAAAUUGGCAUCCUCUCGAAAACGCCGCUGCAGAGCUGGGGUAGCACUGCUGCUAUUCGGACUCGGUCUUCGGACCGUCUGGGCAGCGGCUGUUUUCACUCACCCUGCCGUGCUUGGCACCAGGACUUGGCAUCGCAGACUUGGCAUGGGCAGGGGUGCUGUGGUCGCCGCAGCGGAGGAGCAGCGCGACGAGGCUUUCAUGGAGCGCCUGCAAAGGCUGGCACGGGAGGCGCUGACCUGGCCUUUCCUCGAGGACCGCCAGCGGCUCAUUUGGGCGGCCGUGCUGGAGUUCAAUGCUGUGCCGACCCAGGACUUGCCACCAUGGUUUUUCGAGCGGCAAAACUUCACUCGCCGGCACCUAGGCGUGGACCUUUGCAGCCUGGAUGGAAACAGGGCGAUUCUUUGCCGCGUGGACAACGCCACGCUGCAGGAUGUGAAGAGGUUUCUGCGAACCGCAAGAUGCCUGGGUGAGGAUCCACAAUGCACGCUCUGGACUCUCCGUGGCUGCAAAAUCGCCGGCGACUCCAAGAAGUGCCUGCGCAAGUACGGCUGCCAGCGCGAGAUCCUCACCAAGACGAGGCUGCUCGACCUCAUGCAGGAUUCCGCUUCCGGUGCACUUACAUCCGGGGAGGCGCCUCGUGGAGGCGGCGCAGCACCGGACCCGCCCUUGCGGCCCUGCCAGGAGGCCUGUUUGGAGGCGUGCGCCAAGGGAGCUCGGGUCAUCGAGAUGGCCUGCGGCACCGGGAAGACGCGCGUGAUCCGGGAGUUGGCGGCGCAGCAAACGGGCAAGGUCUUGGUUGCGGUCCCGUCCCGGGUUCUGCUGGAGCAAUUCGCUCAAGAGAUGCCCGACUUCUGCAAGGUGGGCACCAACUACAACAGCAAGAUUGACUUGGCAUCACGGCGGUUCGUCGCUGUGAGUGAUUCUGUGCGGCUUCUGGAGAAGCUCGAAUUCGAGGCGGCUUUUGUCGAUGAAGGUCAUCACCCGUUGCCACCGGGAAUGCCGAGCUGCAAAGAUCUCUUCAGGUUCUCGGCGACACACGCGGGAGGAGUGGAUUUCAGGUAUAGCUUGGGUGAAGCGAUCGAGCAGGGAGUCCUAUGCGAGUACGAUCUCACGGUGCCCGUGACCACAGAAGGCCAUCCCUACAUUUGUCUAGCCAACCUGUUGAUGGCACAAGCCGGACGAUUUCGACGGGUGCUCGCAUACUGCAACUCCAUUGCAGAAGCGAGGCGUUUCCAGCAGGUGUUGGAGAUUACAGGGUUGGCAGCGUGGCACAUCAACGGGGAUACCAGCCGCAAAGUGCGAGAGAGAGUGAUGAACGAGUUUUCGGGUGAUUUGCAGAAGCCCUUGCAUGUACUGGUGACGGUCCAAGUCCUGGGCGAAGGCGUCAAUAUUCCGAACGCCGAUACCUGCAUGUUCGUGGAGCCGCGCAGCAGCUACGUGAGCAUCAUCCAAGCCAUCGGCCGGGUGCUGCGGCCCCACUCGACCAAACCCUUGUCGCAUGUCGUGCUGCCCGCGAUUGCGGUCCCUUCCAUGCCCAACACAGACGGAGCUGUUAGUCGUGCUUUGGACGAGACCGUGAAGAGUCCCGAGUCCGAUGCACGACUGUCUUCCUCUGUUGAGGUUCAGGGGCGCACAGAGGCAGGCCACAACACGACAUUAUGCCCGCAGGUGACGGCGAAGCGUGUCCAUGACGACCCUCUGCAACUCCCGGUGCCUCUGGGUAGGUCGGCAGCUGGUGGGCAUCAGCUGCCAGAGGAGCUUUCAAAGGAUUUCGGUGGUCGAAGUGAGCCUGAACCAACUGAGCAUGUUGCCAAUGCUCUGGGGACUGCGUCUCCCGGGCUCCGGACAGACGCCCUCUCUGAUGGUGCUGGCGACUUGCUCUCACCAGCUGAACUACCAUGCACCGAACUCAGCACCGACGGGAACGGACGGACUAGCCCGGAUCACAGCCAGGUCGACAUGGCAAGACAGACGUCUUCUCAAGCUGGGUCUGGAAGCAAGCCAGUCAGUUCUACAAUUGCAAGAUCUGCAAAUCAAGUCGCGACUGCACCGAUGCAGCAACCAGCUCGACCACUGCAUGGUAGAACCUCGGGCAAGGGUUCCGUGAGUUCCGUGUUGACGCCGAGCCCACAUGAGAUUCCGACGCCUUUGUCACAAGACCAGGAGUUUCAGCAGCAUCGGCCGCAAGGUUGUUCGGCCAGCGUGCCACGAAAGACAGCCACGUCGAAACUGAAGUUGAACAAUCUUCUUGAGGACGGCCAUGCUAGCCAGCUCGACAGGUUCUUGGAGGCGAUAGCUAAGGUGGACAGCCGAUUGGCUUAUGCGGACCUCAAGCAUUUGCAGUCUCGUCUUUGGGUGAUGGACUGCAGGCUGCAGCAACCCCUGUCACAGAAGCUCCCGGUCCGCAGCGUGCAAUAUCAAUUGGCCCUCAUCCUGCAGCAGCACGAUUCAUGGGAUCUGAAUCUGCGAGCAGUCGAGCAAUAUGCGCAAGACCGCGGCAGGCUGCCACGGCAGGUAUCCCCUGACCCAGAGGAGAGGCGCUUAGGAGAUUGGCUACGGCAGGUUGGCGUCUUUCUCAAAAGGCAAAAGCUUGCGGCUACCAGGGUACAGAAGCUUUCGAUGUCUUCAUGCAGCAGUUUGAGAUUCCGCUUGGCGAAGUGGCUGAAGGCGGGGAGCCCUUUCGAGCGAUGCGUGAAGAAGGUGCGGCAGUUUGUUCAGCUUCUUGGCAGGAUGCCCGCAAGCCUCCGAACGAAUUCCAGACAGGAGCGUAAGUUGAUUGCGAACCUGCAGUCCUUUGUUGCUCACACAAACAAAAAACGUGAACAGCGCCUUCAGUAUCUUGAGAAUCAGGGGCCCAUCAUUGCGCAGUGGGCGAGGUCAAUGCGAGCUCGAACGCUCCGUUUGCCCAAUAAGUUAUGGAAUCGACAAUUUGGCCGUCUGGUUGAAUUCCUAGAGAUGAGGAAUAAGAUGCCGGCUGUACGAGGAGGCCCUGGCCGGGAGCUUGCUCUCUACUCUUGGUUGUCUAAACAGCGAUCGUGCCUGGAUCAGCUCCCGUCGGAGUUCCGAGAAAAGUUGUUCGCUUGCCAUCCGGCAGUCGCAUGUUUCCUGCAGGAUGAGCGAGGUCGCGAAGGGCCUUCGUCGUAG